GUCAGGUAGCCGUGCAGAGCACAGUCAGACUAUUACCUGAGGAUCUCGUCGUACAGAAAAAUGAAAUAAUCAGUCCUGUCAUCUAAUUGGCUGUGUCUCAGAUUAGACCCACUGCAGCGCCUCGAGCUGAUUCCGAUCACAUGACAUCCGAAUUCAGCAGUUAGGGUAUGGAUAUAGGGCUCGUUUGCAUCUAUCAUCUCUACCUAUGAAUAAAAUAUCGACAUCUAACCAGCUAUUCAGAUAUCAAAACAAACACAGGUAAAUGAAACAAGCAAUGCCCCGCCAAAUCCACAGCCGAUCAAACUCUCAUCUAACCAAGCACUCAACAGCCAAGAACCCAUCCAACAAGCCAAGCAUCUAUCCAAGCAGCCAAGCUACCAAGCCUUCGAUCCACAGAUUCUGUCCCAAGAAUCCAAGAAGCCAAGAUUUCGUAUGAAAUCAAGCAUUUACAAGGCUGUAGCCAAGUGUUGAAGGAUUUAUACCAAGAAUGAACAAGCCUUUCCAAGACUGCAAAGUCGAUCAGGCGUAUAAGUACUAUCGAUGUUAAUUCAGACGUACUGAAUUAUAUAUAAGUAUACAGGUAUAAUUUUAUUGAGAGGAAUCGGUAUAUUAAAUUCUUAGUGUAGAAUACGAUAGUGGAUGGAAG